AUGGGUUCAAUACCGACCCAGCCAUUCGACACCAACCCGAUGUACAAUAGCACAAUAUUCGAAACAAACAACAUGAAUUUCGGUGAAACAUAUGAUAGUAAAAAAAAAAAAAAAAAAGAAAAAGCGGCCCAAGAGGGCCUAGCGGCAUUAACAAGUAAGGCAGGAAAAUUAAGAAAUAAAAAAAAUUUCAUUUACUCAGAUGAUGACGAUUCAGACAACAACUACGAACACAUUUUUACACACAUCAAUUCUAACCUGCACUUUUUGAGUGUGUCGAAUGAUCACAUAGAGAAGGAAAAAAAUCUGUACAUCCAAAACGAAAGGUAUAUCAACUCUAAGGAUGUUAUAUUUAGGAAAAUGAAAUUUAAAAAAACCAUGUUCCUCAAUUUGGACACAUAUAACUCUUGGAUAAUCAUUAAGAAAAGCAUAUUGGUAAAUGAAUACCUGAGCCGCUUGGCCAAAAAUGACUUGGUAGAUAUAAACGACGUUCUCUACGACGUUGUCAAUAUUCGCAGCAGAGUGCUGAACUGCUACACCAAGGUGUACAUAAACGAUUAUUUCCUACUUAUUAAUAAUAAGACAAAAGAAAUUUUGGGUGUCCAAAAGGUCCCAGUAGAACGCCCCUCCAUGGCUAGUGUCCACAAGGGUAGUACCCACACCGGGGGGGAAACUAAUCCGGACAAAACGGAACCCCUCUUUAGCAACUCUAUGGAGAAUUACGAAUCUAAGUACUACAACCUUGUGCUCAUAAAAAAAAUGAGCCUUAGCCAUCUCUUCGGAACCGCCACAGACAUCAAUAUCACCUUUGCCUUCCACAAUGUAUGCCUGACAAGUUACAAUAAAAUUAAUGACAACAGCUCCUAUAUGCUCAUCUAUAAUUAUAACCUAACCAAGGAGACUCAAAUUUUUUUAAUAAAGUCCAGUGGUCGAGGUGAACAAAUAAGAGGAACCGACUCGCACAAUAUUCAACAAGGAACUUGCCACGAAGACUAUAUAUAUUUCAAUAACUAUAUAACAAAAAACAUUGCGGAAAACUACCUCAGUUAUAGUCUGUACAUUAAGGAAUGCCUCCUCAUCAUCGACAUUUUGUAUGUCCUGAACAACAGCUAUGGGAACCUGAUUUACAUUAAGGAAUAUUACAAGUAUGACCACCAGACGUACUACUCCUACGUGUGUGACGUAUUGGAGAAGAGCAGGAGGGACCCAGAAUUGGGGCGGGACGCGAAAGGCGACUCCAGCUCCGUGUAUUCCUUCUCGUCGGACAGCGAUCAGGAUGAUAGCAAUGGAGAUGCCACAAAUGAUGAUGACGAGGAUGGUGAGGAGGAGUCCUCCGCGUCCGCCUCGUCCGACGCUUCCACCGCGUCUUCAGAGCAGGUCAGAGCCAAAGCCAACCUGACCACUGAAGAGAAGCAACUAUUCGGUGAGCUCAACAACGACCUAGUGUACCUGAUGCCCAAGUACAAGCUGGUGUUUCACCCGCUCGUGCUGAGCGAUCGAGAAAGCAACAGCAGCCAUUUGGAAAUCACCAAGGAAAUAUUAAAGCUCGGAAUUUUCCUAAGGCGCAUCCAGCGAUUCGUCGAAAUUAACAAAAGAGGACAAUCCUGUAAUUCCACCUUUGACAUGUUCUGCUGCUGUCUGUACAACAUCAGCAUGCACAUCCUAAACCACGUUAACAAAAUUGAAGAAAAUGUUAGAAACGUAUAUAAUUUUUCUAAAAUUUAUAUGAAGGACGGCAAUGGGGGGGCCUACUACCCCCCAGGGGGAAACAAAAACUGGGAAAAAAUCCCGGGGACUGAAACACAACAAACCCGAUUAAACGAACUACCCAUGUGUUUGUUUGACGCAUAUACCUUAUCGACAUGCACAGAUCCAGAGGAAAAAAAAAUUUUCUUCAGCAUCAACAAUUUGUUUCGUAAAAAUGUCCACGACUUUAACCUCUUCUUCAACAUUAACAUUGACAAGGCAGAAGAUAUUUCCUUGUACAAAAUAAAAAUCAUUGUCCUCCCACUUCUGCAGAUAGGAAAACUGCUGAACAAAAUCAUUAACAAAAUUAUUACCAAGAAACAAAUGAACAAUUCAAGGUACCUAAUUGAUUUGAUUUACAAGUUACAGGAAUACCUACACUCAGAUAGCAUCAACAAAACUGUUCUCAUGUAUCUUCUAAAAAAUAUUACCACCCCUUUGUUUGACUUUAUAAAAAAUUACAUUUUCUAUGGUAAGGUGAAGGACACACAUAGAGAAUUCUUCAUCCACGAAAAUAGGAACAUCACCCCUUAUUAUAAACAGACGAACAAAUUUUACUGCACCAAUAUAUUUAAGUACAUUUACAAAAGAUAUAUAGACAUGUCUACUAACUAUUGGGGAGCUAAGUAUGUUAUCCUGAACCGUAAGGUUCCCACUUUUUUGAAGAAUGUAUCUUAUCACAUUUUCAUCACGGGAAAGUACAUCGAUGUCCUUUCCGCGUGCUCCAAAUUGUUGACUCUUCAGAGUAGGCGUAGACAUCGCCUAUAUAUGGACGGGACGGAUUUCCACAAUGAUAGUGCGAUGCGUGGGUGGGGAGCACCAGAAGCGGACACCCUAUCCAUGUGCGCAGCAUCUAAAAGGAACAAUCACGCAAUGGACUGCGCCUCUCCCCAAGCUGAAACACACCAAAGAGGGGUACACAACCCGUGGGAACAGGAACAACAGGGAGAAGAGGAAGAAGAGGACGAACUGUAUAACAGCCACGCCAACCCGCUCCGUAACAAAAAGACGUGUCUCCUAAUAUACGAUGGAAACAACAAGACGUAUGAACACCUCAUACACAAUCAACACCUAUUUGCUUCCAAAAAAAUGUUCGAACUGUACAUAAAAAAAAUAGACAUAAAGGAAAAAAUAAAACAUCAUUAUUUUUUUUUCUUCCUACAAAUUAGUGACUAUUUAAAAUAUUUUUACAUCCUAGCACAUGAGCAUCUGGAAAAGCUUUACAAUAGCAAAAAGAACAGCAACGUGUUGAACAAGCUAAAAAAUUUCUUCGACAUAUCUUUGAGGUCAUCUGUACUCUACCAUCUGAAGUAUCGGCAUGACUACAACGUAGACGUGUCGGACAUUCUAAGUAUCAUCGAUAAUGUCAAUCUUAUUAUCGACUUGAGGAACUUCUACCUGAAUAUGAGCCAAGUCCAUGUUGGGGGAGAGCACCAGGAGGAUUCCCUAGACAAUGACCAAGCGAACGGUGGAACGGCGUUGCUUGAGUGGCAACAGGGGGAAAAUCAAAGUGGAGUAUACUACCAAAAGGGACACCUGAAGGAUGGAAAUUCCCCUACAGGAGGGGACCCCGCGCAAUCAGAGGACGACACGGACUUGGACAGUGACACAGAGAGCUCCUCGGAUGAGGACCCACAGCAAGGAGGAACAUCCCUCACCAUGAAAGAACAGAACAAUAGCAAGACAAAAAAGAAAACCAAAAAAAAGAUGCAAAAAAAAAAAAAAAAAAAUUAUGCUACUUUGGGAAAAAGGACUCAAAAUGGGCCCAAUCUUGAACAGCAGCAUCUCCUGGGAAAAAAAAAAAAAAUACUAGCCAAUCUGAAAAACAAUGUACUCAAUAACAUACACAAUAAUAUGCAAACUAACACAAACGUAGAAAUAUACAAAGGCUUGAUCCUGUCCUGUCACAACAUGUUUCCGUAUAAUUUGAUUUUCAACAACGUAACCAUUUUUAAGUACACAUUAAUAUUUCGUAUUUUAAAUUAUUGCAAAUAUAUUGAGCAUAAACUGACCGAAGUGUGGCUGAACCACAUGUUCGUAAAAAAUAUAUUUAUAAAUGAGGAAUGCAGAAAUAAUUUGAUGAUGUGCAUACAUACCAGGGAGUGCAUGACCCACUUCUUAAAGUGCUACACGUAUCACCUACAGAACGAUGUGAUCAAGUCAGAAUAUGCUCAAAUGAAUACCAAACUAAAAGGAACUCUCAUUUUUGACGACAUUAUACACAUCCACAAUGCCUACCUCAACAACAUCCUCAGGUAUUCAUUUAUAAUGAACCAAAAUAUUAUUAACUCCAUUUUGAAAUUAAUAUCGAUAUCGCACAUUUUCACUAGACAUAUUUUGAAAUUCAAUUUUAACAAAAAUGAGCAGCUGGAACGUGUGUCGUCUCGCGAAAAUGGCAAAGGCGAUCGCAGCGGGGUGAACCCUAAUGAAGGUCAUAAUGGACACCCAAGUGGAACCCAAAAAAAGAAAAAGAAAAAAAAUAAUUACCACAGAAAAUUUAUUCAAGAACUUCUUAGCGACCAGGCAUACAUCUCCAUGAUUCACAACACCAUUAAGCACUACGACAAGCACUUCAAAAAUUUUUUUCUCCACCUUACUGAUUAUGUUAGCAACAACAUCGAUGACUAUGCACACAACUUUUUAAUCAAGUUGGACUACAAUUUUUAUUACACCAACAAGUACAAAAUUAGCAACGCUCACGUGGCUGGUGAGACCAACGAGGAAGAGGAAGCAGGGUUCACUGCCACUUCCGCUGAAUAUCGCACCGGAGGAGGAGAAGAAGAUGAAGGUGUUGUUUCACAGGGCAAUUCGUUCGAACGGGGUAACUACACCCAGCAGGGAAGACAUUUCAGUGGGCGAGUCGGCGGUCCAGCAAGUGGGAUCCCCCCGAAUGGAAGCCCCUCGUCUAGCCCCAACCGACUGGCUUACAACCAGGAGUAUGUUCACUCAGUAGACCAUGCCGCCGUGGCGUAUGAUCACCCCUCAGACCACGCCCCCCUCUCGCACGAACAGGCUACCUACGCUGCGGGGUAUUCAACCAAUUAUGAGGCGAACCCUCCCCAGGCGCAUCCCCGCCAACGAUAUGUCCACCAAUCAAGAGGUACAACUCAUGGAGGCGACCAGGCGAACUACAACCGAAGCGGAAACGAACACAGCGUACACUAUGCAGACGUGCACAGCCCAGUGGCACACCGAAGGAACAAUUACCCUCAAACAUACCUAAACAAUGAACACAUGCUAAGCGAAAACAGGUUCGCCGCACAUCACCUGAGCAGUCAGAAUACCCCCUACGGAAUUAACCCGUAUGAGCAAGACCAGGGUGGCUAUGACAGCAAAAUGGGCAAGUGCACCAACAGUAGUGUCACCUACAGCAAGUUAAAGAAGUACGGCGCGCAUAACAAUGAGAACCUGCACAGCAUGGAUGCGCCACGCAUCAACGCGGCCAGCAUCAACGUCAGCGGAAUCGAUGUGAACAGCAUCGAUAUAAGUGGCAUCGACGUGAACUCCGUCGACCAAAACACGUAUAAAAGUAAAUACAUACCAAAGUAG